CGUCGAUCAUUGUCCGCCAAACUAAACACCGUGCAUGGUUGGCAAACAUGUGCACGAGUGAUACGUCUGGUGGAGCGGCAAAGGGCGUAUGAGGAUGAUGUGGCAAGAGAAAGCCUCACCGCAAAGUGAAUCAGCAGUCGAGCCAACGUAUGGCUUCACUUUGCGUCGAGGCGCAUGCUCGACGUAAUCAACACAUUGCAACUUGUGUGCCGAUCAGAAGUUUCACGCCAUCAGCAUGUUGAAGGCUGAUGGCCAAACGUCAUACUUCGUCAGAAUCGGUGGUCAGAGUGAGGUCUCUAGAACCGUGUCUUUGAGGUGGCCACAUGUUUCGCGGUGGCUAUCCACAUGUUCGAUGGAUGUACUGAUUCCCCUCUUGUUCAGCCAAACCAGAAUAAGCCGCCCAAAUCAGAAUCAUACUACAGGCUUUCUAAACUUCCACAGUAUUAACCACGAUGGCUUGCCCGCUGGGGAUGUUGUGGGUGAUGGCGCCAGAGAAGAGAAUCGCCGCCAAUUACCGCAGAAUGGAAUUCUCACAUUUGGUUCAAUCGUUUGCAUAUUGCUGAUGAAAACUCCGCAUACAGUGGUGGCAAAAAUGACUGGCACAGCAAACGGUUCAGGAGUGGACGAAAGAAAAGAAAGGGGUGGUGGUUCUCAAGACAAUGAAUUUUUUGCGGGAGUGGGAUUUCCCCACAAAGCACCAUCGUUUCAGUUCGCAGAACAGUUGCCAAUUUGGACAAUGUAUUGGGAGUGUGACGAUUUUUCAUUUUCAGCCUCUCAAAUCUGGGCGGUAGGGGUGUGUCCAAUUUAUUUUCUCUUAGUUGCCUGAAUUAAGUCGAAUAGACAAUCGUUACUCAGCAUGUUUUCGACAGCACAGGCAUUGACGACGGGACGAUUGGCUGUGAAUGCUGUACGAGGUACAAAAUACAAUGCAGUGCUCAUAUAAAAAUAAUAUUUAUCAGUAAUCGUUGACUUACCCUGAUUCG